UAUAGAUUGGCUCUGCCCGGGGGGACCCUCGCUUGAUGAUGCGCGUGCACGCGUCGGCUUCAGUCUCCGCCCACCACAGCAAAAUGGCGACCGUUGACUACGACGCGGCUGCGGGUCCGGAGAUGGAGCUGAGCGAUGAGGAGAUGGAGAGGGAAGCCGAGGGCUACAAGGAGCAAGGCAAUGCUUUUUACAUUAAGAAGGAAUACUCUGAAGCGUUCAACUACUACACCAAGGCCAUAGAUGUUUGCCCGAAGAAUGCCAGUUACUAUGGCAACCGUGCGGCUACGCUAAUGAUGCUGAGCCGCUACAGAGAGGCGCUGGAGGACUCCCAACAAGCCGUGCGGCUAGAUGACACCUUCGUGAGGGGUCACCUACGGGAGGGCAAGUGCCACCUGUCGCUUGGCAAUGCAAUGGCUGCCAGCCGCUGCUUCCAGAAGGUUUUGGAGCUGGAGCCCGACAACAGCCAGGCUCAACAAGAACUGAAGAAUGCAGAAUCCAUUCUAGAGUACGAGCGCAUGGCAGAGAUUGGUUUUGAUAAGCGAGAUUUCAGAAUGGUGGUUUUCUGUAUGGAUCGGGCGUUGGAAUCUGCAUCUGCAUGUCACAGGUUUAAGGUGCUGAAGGCGGAGUGCCUGGCGCUUCUCGGCCGCUACCCUGAGGCCCAGUCUGUUGCCAGUGAUAUCUUGCGGAUGGACGCCACUAACGGUGAUGCCCUGUAUGUGAGGGGCUUGUGUCUUUAUUAUGAAGAUUGCAUUGAUAAAGCUGUGCAGUUUUUUAUUCAGGCGCUCCGUAUGGCGCCCGACCACGAAAAGGCCCGGUUGGCCUGCAGAAAUGCCAAAGCACUGAAAGCUAAGAAAGAAGAGGGGAACAGAGCAUUCAAAGAAGGCAAUUUUGAAGAGGCCUAUGAUCUCUACUCUGAGGCUCUGACCAUCGAUCCUAACAACAUUAAAACCAAUGCCAAGCUCUACUGCAACCGAGCCACUGUUGGCUCAAAGUUGAAGAAACUGGAGCAGGCCAUAGAAGACUGUACAAAAGCUAUCAAAUUGGAUGAGUCCUAUAUUAAAGCUUAUCUAAGAAGAGCCCAGUGUUACAUGGACACAGAGCAGUAUGAAGAAGCAGUCCGAGACUAUGAGAAGGUCUAUCAGACAGAGAAAACUAAAGAACAUAAGCACUUGUUAAAGACUGCCCAGCUGGAGCUAAAGAAGAGUAAAAGAAAAGAUUAUUAUAAAGUUCUCGGAGUGGAUAAGAGCGCCACGGAAGAUGAGAUCAAGAAGGCUUACCGUAAACGAGCCCUGAUGCACCAUCCAGACCGUCACAGUGGAGCGAGUGCUGAGGUACAAAAGGAGGAGGAAAAGAAGUUUAAAGAAGUUGGAGAAGCCUUUACGGUGCUCUCAGACCCCAAGAAAAAGUCACGCUACGACAGCGGCCAUGACCUGGAGGACGAUGACAUGAACAUGGAUUUCGAUGCCAAUAAUAUCUUCAAAGCGUUCUUUGGUGGUCCUGGCGGGUUCAGUUUUGAAGCAUCCGGACCUGGAAAUUUCUUCUUCCAGUUCGGCUAACUGGACACUCUCCAACACGUAUGCAGUAGACCCACACGACCUCCAAACUACCCCGAAACGGACUUUCACACCCCCACCCAAACCCUAUACCACUCUGUUCUGUACUGGACCCUGAGUCUGUGCCAUUGACUUGACUUGACCUGAUGCAACAAGACGUUUACGGCCAGAAUGUGAUCAUAUUGUAAACAAGCAUUUCCGAAACACUAAGAAAACACUGCACAGUGCGUCAGCCUUUUUCUGACUAGUCCCUUCCUGUUUUGAUUGCAGUCUUUUUAAAUAGGGUUUCUUUUCUUCCACUACUGUAUUGUGAACAACUGUAAUCUGCACAAUUAGGAUUUGAAUAAGUGCUAAGUAAGAAAUGGCCCUAGUUAAGAAACCACUCUCGCAAAACAACAACAACAUUUGGGUCGUUUGUUCAUGGUUAAACAUGGUUUGUUCAGCGUUUGGUUCAGAAUUUCUUGUAAUGUGGAAUGUAGAAGUAAGGUGCUAUGGUUCAGGGCUACCACAGACUGUGGAAGUCUCACAUCAUUUAUUCUGAUAUCAAAGCAGGGUUCACAAAAGAAGAGUACCUUCAGUUGUGGCUCCUGAUGCCACUGAAGCUCAGCUCAGCUCACUCUGUUUGCUUAUUUGCUUACUGUCACUUGUGAUAUUCAAAAGGCACAAUACGUCUAGCACCACACGUCUCCAAUCAUACAAAACAAGUCAAAUAACAGUUCUAAGAUUACUGUGAGCUGUCAUUUCACUUGGUUUUAUCUUCUUCGAUGCUGUGAUGCUAUGUGAAUACAUGCGUCUGUCCCAUGCCAAAAUAGAAUCACAGAAAAUCACAGCAUUGUUCAGUUAAAAUACUCUGUCCUUCUGGCUGGGUUCAAUUCAGUAACACUACUGUAUACACGAGUGCAGAAAGUGUUGGUGGUGAUUCAGCACCUUGUAGUGGUCUCCUCACUCUCUGCAAUGUCCAUUUCUCAAUGUUGCCAUUCACCCAUUGCUGCAUUGUACAUUUUACUGGAAUGUAUAGUGUUUCUUUGUGUUGAUAGUUGAAUUUUGUUUUUUUAAACUAUGAAAUAUAUUCACUUUUUUGAUAUCAAUAUUUAUUGUAAUUUCACAGAACCAGAUGUGAGCCACUGAGCACUUGAAGAUGUGUGGAUAAAUGAUCUUUAGAUGCACCAGGAUCUCUUACUUUAGAGAUGGCAGGGCCUGUGUUGGAGAUUAUAGUAGCUUUCUGCUUUUCCUUCAGGUUGUAAUUAAAUGAUAUAACUGAAAGGUGGAAGCUAAAGCUGCUAGAAUUUGCCUUUGGCCAGUGGAAGAAUUUAGCGCAAAUAGAUACCAGUAUAGCUUAUGGAUCUGGGAGCAAAUCCAGGCCGUGCCAGGAAAUUGAAAUUCUGGAAAUUUGCUGUACAAGUGUCCCUCCUGCAUGUGACCUUGAGUAUUACCUACUGUUCGCCUAAAGCCUGAAGUAUGCUUCAAUUUGGCUCUUGUUAAAAAGCCUUAUGCUGCGUUAACUGCCUGUCCUAAGAUCCUUGUGGUGCAGUCGAAAGAUAAUGUCCACAUUGGUGUGGCUCAUGCUAAUGGAACAGUCUUUACCAUGGACCGCUUUCAAAUAGCCAUGUAAAUAAAGUUAGUUUUUUUGGUUUCUCCCCUC